GGGCGCCGCCAUCUUGGUCAGUGAGCUUGCGAGCGGCCGUCCGAGGAGGUGUUCGUAUUUCGGUGAUACGUAUCUGGUGCGAAUCCUCGAAUCCUUUUGGUCUAUCCGUGAAAUCCGCUAGCAUCCAGGAUGUCGGGGCGGGAGGACAACGUCUACAAGGCGAAGCUGGCCGAACAGGCGGAACGCUACGAUGAGAUGGUCGAGGCUAUGAAGAAGGUGGCAUCGCUGGACGUGGAGCUGACCGUCGAGGAGAGGAAUCUGCUGUCGGUAGCGUACAAGAACGUGAUCGGUGCGAGGAGAGCUUCCUGGCGGAUAAUAUCCAGCAUCGAGCAGAAGGAAGAGAAUAAGGGAGCUGAUCAGAAAUUGGAGAUGAUCCGCCAAUAUCGAUCUCAGGUCGAGAAGGAGCUUAGGGAUAUCUGCGCUGAUAUCCUCGGCGUCCUGGACAAGCAUCUAAUCCCAUGCGCCACCACCGGCGAAUCGAAAGUCUUCUACUAUAAAAUGAAGGGCGACUAUCACCGUUACUUAGCAGAAUUCGCGAUUGGCAACGACAGGAAGGAGGCUGCAGAGAAUUCCCUGGUGGCGUACAAGGCGGCCAGCGAUAUUGCCAUGACGGAGCUACCGCCGACUCAUCCCAUUCGUUUGGGAUUAGCCCUGAACUUCUCGGUCUUUUACUAUGAGAUCCUCAACAGUCCUGACAGGGCGUGUCGCCUUGCGAAGGCAGCCUUCGACGACGCCAUCGCCGAACUCGACACCCUCUCCGAGGAGAGUUACAAAGAUUCCACUCUUAUCAUGCAACUCCUCAGGGACAAUCUCACCUUAUGGACCUCGGAUAUGCAAGGAGAUGAAUCAGAAACUGAACAACCAACUACUCAAGGAGAUGGUGCCAUACCGAUAACUACUGAUUCCCAUCCUUAACUGUGUAUCCCUGAACGUUCGCAUUCCCUGCUCCGGGUUAAGUUCCUGCGAAGGCGAGCAAAAAGAGCAGCUGCAGGACGUGGAGGAUCAGGAUGUGUCGUAACUCUAGCUGCAGUGAGUGUUAUUCGCGCAUAAAGAUGAAACACAACAAAAAAAACUCUUAAUAAUUAUUAAGCAAAAGAAAAGAAUUCAGCAGGUGGGUGGUCAGGGGUGGGUAUUCGAAUGGGCGGAAAAGUUAAUGUAAAUGGAUGUUGAGGACAGAGCUAGAGAGAACAGGCAAGAGAUUGACAUCGUAAGAGAAAGGUUUUUUUUUUUGGUAAUGAGGGGUAAAAGCGGAAAGAUCUUUCAAAGCGUUUAUAUGACCCUAAGUACAUACGUACGGUUUACUCCAAAUUCAUCAAAUCACACGUUCAGUUGCGGAGCACGCAGAAAGUAAUGUAAAUGACACACCCCGCGUUAAUAGUGAGAUUUCAAGCAUUUAAUUAAAAAAGCGAGGAAACUUUUUUUCAUAUUUCGUCUCGUGCCUCGUAAGGUCGAAAUAAAAUGAGAGAAAACGAGUAGUGCGUCUCAUUGGACGCUUUCAUUCUUCUUCCUCUUCUUUUUUAUUAUUAUUAUAUACUAUGUUAUUAUUAUUCAUUUACUUUCCACGUCCAUGUCACCCAUCGAUACGCGCGUAAGUCCUGACUGAAAUUCCUCUGAGCGGCAACCAUCAUCCCCCUUUAUUUAUACGACUCUCAGCGUAUAUAAACUCGUCCACGACAAAUGCAAGACGCUUUUAUGGUUCAAUCGAUUUUUCAAAAAAAAAAAACAAAAAACAAAAAAAUGGUAAAAAUAUACUGAUACCUCGAUUUUUUUUCUUUUCUUUCAUUUAUUCAAGAUAACGUGCGCAUAACUUGCCUCGUAUACCUUUAUAAUCAUAACAUGGAGUAAAAAUUGGUAGAAGCACGAGGGAGAGAAUCGCAUUCGAAUCGCAUAUCCAAAAUCUCAAUGAUAUUCCGAUUGGUUACGAGAUAUACUAUUAACGCGCAUUAUACGUAUAAAUACUCUAGUUACGUGUCUCUUGAUAAUCUAAUAAAACGAAAGCAAAAGAAAAGUAAGAGAUCCUUUGAAUGCCGUGCGAAAAUUUAUCACUAUUGUCGCGUGCGAAAUUUGUCAUUAUCACUGGAGUGACAGAAUUUUUGUCAAACGAAUAAUAUAUCAUCAAAAUUGUACAGAAAAGAGAAAGAGAGAGAGAGAGAGAUUGAGAUUGAGAGAGCGACUGCGCAUAGAGAGAAAAGAAACUUGACGAUGUCGAGGAUAAAAAAGUUAAAGAAAGAAGGAACGAUAGAAUGAACCGCCAGGAUAUAAGAAAAGCAUUUCGAUUUAUUUAAUUCAGUCUUCUGCCUAGUAUUACGCUGUACUCCAAUAAAAACUUAUUGCAGGUAAAUAAUCGUAUGUUGUUCCACUACUGGAUGCUCAAUGAAACGAUGUGUAGUCCUUCCUCUUGUACUCUGCCGUCUGUCUGCCGAUAUACGUGAGUCUCUAAUGCCGCCCACGCGUACGUUACUACGAGAACGCGAGAGAAAUCAUGCUGGUAGAUGAACGAAUAGGAAACACACGCCAGACACACAGCACACCACAUUAAAAUAACAGAAAUGGGAAAGGUAUCACCUGGAGACGUGGAAUAUUCUUGGUUGUUAUUUUUCAUGCUCCACUCCAGUCCCCACGUACCCAUGGCUCUCGUACAUGUCGAGCGUCUUCCUGAACAAAGAGACGCGAGAAAAUACGAAAAAUCAAGCAACGACGAUAUAGUAUAUAAAAAUCAAAGAAAUGAAAAUGCGAAAAGUAAUAAUAAUUAAAGCACGGUGUGUCGGUGAUUAUGAAAGCCUGUUUAGUAUUGUAUUCGUAUCAGAAAGAAGUAAGAAGAAAAUAAUAUGAAAUCGGCUAGUUAGCCCCUCAAUGUCAAUGUACGUUUGCAUACGUUUCUCUUAUGUGAACUGUAUUAUUGGUAGCUGUGGUAUGACAGAAAAUUACAGAAUAAAGUGGCUCUCUGUAUCCUGUUUUAUUCUCUCUUUCUCUCUUAAUUCAUCUCUUGAUCUCGUAUCUACCAAUUGCACUAUAUGUUUUCACCGUCUGAUUAUCAUACUAUUCACCAUUGCUGCUCCUUGUGCGAUUUCCUUUUUUCACGCAAAUACUGACCUUGUUCUUGGGUAAUGAUAUUCGCUCAAGGAUAUCAGGUAGAUUCGUUUUGAAUGUUUUUCAUCCAGUUAAUGACAGUAGACGUAAUAACGUUUAUAGACCAUCAUAAUAAUUAAUAACGAUCUCGUGUACACGAUCUCAGUACGAGCAAGUCUCAAGCUGUAGGGAUUUUAAUCGAGCGACUGUUACUCAAAGAGGAAUUGAGAGAGGGGGAGAAGUCGAAAUGUAACCUAAAGGAAAAAAUAAAUGACACGUAUGUUGCGCUUCACGAUGUUGCUGUGGCUCUCGUAGAUGAAGUCAGUACUUUAGCCUGGGGUUUUUUCAUGAAACACGGCGUACACGUGCAACGUAGAGAGGCCCGACUCGGGUAUGCUUUUUGAGGACGUGUUAGAUAUAGUAGAACACACAUGUUAAAAAAAAAAUAAAAGGGAGAGAUGCGAUUGAAAUAUUGGAGGAUGGAGGAAAGAAAGGAGGAAGGGCGUGGAAAGAAGAAAUGGGGGAUGAAAAUAAAAAUUGAAAGAAAAGAAGAUCACAGAACAAAUAAUAAUGACGAUGAGAUUGGUGUGUGGCGUGCCCCUACAUUUAAGUAUUAUAACAGUAAUAUUGAUAAUUAUAUUAUAAAUAUAUUACAAAGAAUAACAUUAAAGUAAUAUUGAUAAUACCGUAAGUAAGUACAUUAAUAAUAAUUUUAAUUGUGUAAGGAGUCAAGCGAAGAGUUAAUUAAGGUCAAAUGAAAACUUUUGCAAUAGUGAAGAUGAGAUGAAAGAAAAAUAAGAAAAAAAAGUUGAAUUUUAUCGUAAAAUUAUCGAGUACCGCAUAAUGAUCCAUCUGUAAUUGUGAAAAUUACGAUGCAACCGAAAGAGAUAAUAGAAGAAAAAAAAUCUUAACAAAACGUGAAAUUGCCAAUUGCGAUGCUAAUGAACAUCGUGAACACAAUCACAAUAACGUACACACGCAUACGUACGGAAAUGCGAUGGAAUACAUACGCAAUUUGAUUAAAAUUUAGAAACAAUACUUCAUAUUUUUGAUUCGCAUGCGUUCACUCUGUAUUAGAGAUAAUACAAUACACCAAGUAUGACUUUUACUGUAAAGCCACACGUGAAAAACUGAAAAUAAAGCGAUUACAACUGUCUGCUCUUA